CCUUUAAGACGCAGCAGCGGGUCAGCGAGUAGUGUAGUGUUACUCUAAUUGAACUUCGCCCAAUCAACAAUAACUCGUUAGCGGCCGCUUUCUUUUUCUUGGUGCUUUUGAGACAGCUUCUUUUUUUUUGUGCCCUUGCAGGGAUUCACCCCCCUCCAGUGUGUUACUUCCUAAAGAUCUACAUGGAGCUUGGCAGAGGAACUGCGACUCUCUGAGGGGAAUACAGUCCGGCUGCCUUUUCGCCUGCGCCCGGAGCAUGGUUCUUUUGGAGGAAAGCUCUCAGGCGAGCUAAAUUGCGGCUUUGAGCGUCAACCUUUAGGAAGGGUGGUGGGGUGGGGGGGGGGGGUUCCGCGACAAACGAGCGUGGAACACGUUUGUCCCAAACCCGCGAGUUGAAUGAAAUAAUCAACUUUUCUGGAAGCAGCGAUUCUCCGGGACUGCGAUGACCUCCAGUACAGACAUGAAGGCAGGUUCUGUGUUACACUCCGGCGGCGAGGAGAGGAGACGGGCUCCGCUGGACCAGCUGCCGCCGCCGGCGAACUCCAACAAGCCCCUGACGCCGUUCAGCAUCGAGGAUAUCCUUAACAAACCCUCGGUCAAGAAGUCGGUCGCCAGUAUCUGUCCACCCAGAGUGCUGGAGAAAGUCGCGGGCUCCAACUCCGCGCGCAACGGGAUCACCACUCCUUCGUCACCGCUGUGCGCGCUGGAGGAGCUUGCCAGCAAAACGUUCAAGGGGCUGGAAGUCAGCGUGAUCCAAGCAGCAGAAGGUCGGGAGCAUGUCAACGCGUUCGGACAGAGGCAGACGUCGAAGAAGAGGAGAAAGUCGCGGACGGCCUUCACGAACCACCAGAUCUACGAGCUGGAGAAGAGGUUCUUGUACCAGAAGUACCUGUCACCGGCCGACCGGGACCAGAUCGCCCAACAGCUGGGGCUCUCCAACGCGCAGGUCAUCACCUGGUUUCAGAACCGCAGGGCCAAACUCAAGCGGGACCUGGAGGAGAUGAAAGCCGACGUGGAGUCGCUGAAGAAGAUCAACCCGCAGACGCUGCAGAAGCUCGUCAGCAUGGAGAGCAUCGAGGAGUCCCACGGCGGGGGCUCCGAGGCCAGGUCGCCCAGUGUCUCCCCGACCUCGCAAGGACACCGGGCCUUCCCACAGUCCCCCUCCUCAUCCAGAGACCAAACCACGGAUGAGUUCUCGGAGGACGACGAGGAGAUCGAGGUGGACGACUGACAGUCAGGGGGGCUGUGCUUUUCAUAAACAACUAAAAAGAAUAUUAAAAAAAAAGGGGAUUUCUUUUUUAUAAUCCCAAACUUUUUUUGCACGGAUAUUAUCAAAAAAAGGAGAAUAUAUACAUUUAAAAAAAAAUUCAAGAUUUGUUUUCCCUCCUCCGCUCUCUCCUGUAUUUAAUUUAUUAAUCGGACCUAAAGUCCGUCGUUUAGGUUCCGCCGCCGUAUUUGAGGACUACCUGGUUUCCUUUCUGACGAGCCAGAAUGAAAAUAGGGUGAACAUUUAAUUUUUUUUUUCUUCCACGUACGUUUUUACGUGGACGGAUGGAAAGUUGUGCAGUUAUUGUUGCUUGUCAUUUAUUCGCGUUCCUUCUGUUCAAGGAAUCCGAUCGGCCAAAUAUUUAAAUCACCCUUUUGUUUUUUACACACACAGCCUGGGGUCGACGCGUCACACCCCCCCCCCCCCCCCCCCUACAUAAAUCCGCACUGCUUUGUAAAAAAAGUGCCCUGUUGAAUUUCUGACCCCGGCUUUAUGCCGUGAAGUGCCGUGCCUUCAAUUAGCUGCCUUUAUUCCUUUAUUCCCAUUCUUUCGACCUGCUUUGAAUGCAUCUUGUCCCAAGAAGGUCCCGGUCUGGCCGCCUCGUUAAGAAAAGCUUGCGCCAUAUGCUUUCUUCCUCCUCCUCCUCCUCCACCACCUCCUCCUCCUCCUCUGAAUCGUCCUUAACACAACUAGCGGACAUGAUUGAUUGGGUUAACCCGCCUUUGCCUUCCAUAAAACAGCUUCCACCGGGCCGCGGGCAAUAAUGGGCACGCAUCUGUCUCUCUGGGUUGUUUGGAGAGAGAGAGAGAGAGAGAGAGAGAGAGAGAGAGAGAGAGAGAGAGAGAGAGAGAGAGAGAGAGAGAGAGAGAGAGAGAGAGAGAGUAAAAAGUCCCCAUGAAUAGCAAAUGGUCAGUGUGAGGAUCCUAAUGAAUAAAGCUCAAUAGGAGGCCUGUGGAAGCGCGACGUGCUGUUGUUGUUGUUGUUGUUGUUGGACGACCAUUUGUAACAGUUGCGCGUGCGUGUGUUUGUGAGGGAGGUAGAGAUAUUUAUACUCAAGUCAUAAGUAUAGAUAGUUGUUGUCGUAGUUAUUUGACAAUACAAUUCUAUUAAAAUGAGCAGAACGA